AUGCCAUAUACCAUAUCGGACCCCGAAGCCCUCCGCAAUGCGAUCUUGAUGGCAGCUACACACUUUACUUUCAAGGUCGGCAGUCUCGAAGCAUUUGAGCAUACAUUCCUCUUUCAUAGAAUUGAGACCGUGCGACUGGUGAAAAAAUGGCUUUCCAGUGGAGAUCUCACCCUUUCAGCUGCCAUCACCAAACAGAUUGCCACGCUGGCAUAUACAGAGUUCUGUAGUGGUAACAUGCAAAUGGCUGAAAAGCAUUUAAAUGUCAUCUACGCUCUGCCAUGUCGGACAACAGACCCAUCGACUACUAAUGGCAAGACUCGUGACCAAGAGCUUUCUGAUCGCUAUUAUCUACUUACCUCCACUUUCAUCCACGGCGUACAAACCGUUCUCCAUGGCAUCCUCCGCGCCGAAGAAUCAACCGAAGACAAGAGCAGCCUCUCAGUCUCCAAUCCCAUGCGUCUCAUGCACAAAUGGUACAAGUCAGAAGGCCAGUACCUGCACUGUCUUAAACUCAAAGCCAUACGCCUCUUUUCAACAUUCUUCAUACUGCCCAAUAUCGGAGCAAGGCUCUCUGACGUCCACAGCGCGUCAAUAGUAAACAGUCUUCGUCAAGUCACGGACGAAUUCUACAAUCUCACGGAAGCUCAAAAGAUACACGACGAGUUCUGGAGGACCGGUGCAGCUGCUAGAGUUUACGACGCAGUUCUUGAAUCACAUCAAACCUCAAUUACACCCACUGACCACCAACAUGAAGCGACUUCAGAGGCUGAGCAAAAGACUUCAUGGUGCGGAUUGGUCGUUGCAACUGAGUUAUUCCUUGAACAGGUAGUUGUUCUGUGGCGUCCUUUCACGAAGGAGAUAUACCUCUGUAGCAUGAGGAUAUUCCAGCGUGAUCUCACAUUUGCGCUUCAGAAGACGAAUACGCCUGACAUCGCAGAACUGUUGUUCUGGGAAUCGUUUCUGGGAUUGAUGAGUCUUUAUUUACAUGAGAAACUUGGGGAUAUGGAGCGAGAACCCGGCUUCAAGCCAUUUUUCGAGAGGGUCAUAAAGGAACAAAGUAGAGAUAUGGGGUUGGAGAAGUGGGAGGAUGCAAGGAGGGUCUUGUUGAACAUUGCAUGGCCGUUGGACUUUUCUGAGGAUGAUUAUGUAAAAGAAAUAUGGGAAGCUGCAGUAGCUGACUAG